AUGUCGCCAGAGCCAGUCGACCACAACAACAACCAGCAAGCUCCUGAGAUGGAUCUAGCCCGAUACACUCAAGACCUUGUUGAGAGAUUCAGCCAACCGAUAGCAAUGGAUGUAGUGUUUUGGUCGCCGCCCGAGGACCCCGACAAGCCAAGUCUUCCAUAUCUUCCCGGCUUCAAUACCACAAUCUAUGCACACCAAGUUACUGGAACAGAAAAGCCAAGGCCUUAUCUCGAGGACGAAUAUCUUAGGACAGCGACUCAGAGCGAAGCAGUUGUAGAACACCCUUCACGAUUUGCGCCCUCGAUUGCUGUUGGUACGUCCAUGGCUAAAUUGGUAAUUACUUCCUGCAUCGCAAGUGGGGCAACUAAAGGCCCCCAAAUUGUCGCCUGCAUGAUCACUCCAUGUCAAAAGGACGGCGAAGAGCCUCAGAAGUCUUUCCAAGCUGUUGCGAAGAUUUACGACCCCCUAUACUAUAGCUUUUUGGAAAGCCUCGGGCGCCAGCCUCGGGACUGUGUGAAUGAGGCAGAUAAAGAUUACACCAAUGAGGUUGCUGCUUAUGAGCAACUUCGCAGACACGGCCAGACCGGCUCUUUCGCACCUGAGUACCACGGCUCCUGGACAUUCACACUUCCAGUUACAGUCAAAGGGAAUCCUCAACGCAGAGAUAUCCACCUAGUACUCAUAGAGCUGUUAAACGGGGUCAGCAUCCAGGAUACGCAGAUUCAAAACAGCGAAGAUAAGAGUAAAGGUUUAGACUCAUUCCAUUUUCCUGAGGAAUACCGAUUAGAAAUCUUGGCUCGCGCUAUGGACGGCUACGUCAAACAACUCAAAAUAGGCCUCGAUCAGCGCGACUUUGCUGGCAGAAAUGUUAUGCUCGUGUCGGAUAAAGCUAACCCACAAGGUGAGGAAAUUUGUGGUCUGACGAUACCUCGUGUUGUACUCGUGGAUUACAAUAUAGCAAAAGUUGCCAACAUGAGCCUGGAAACAAGGACUUGGCUCCCAUCUAACCCUGCAGCAGUCUUCUGGGAUCAGUGUCUAUGGGAAGACUUUAACGGCUGGGUGCCAAACCAAUGGCAGGAUUGGAAGCUUCAGCAGGACUGGUUGUUAUGGAGAUUCAAUGGGGAAAAUCACAGGCAUCUCUACUAUCCCUCUCAGGAGUUUUUUGAUCAGAUGCUCGCGGCAAGGACACCGAUAGACGGGUAGUCGAGCUGGUCAACAGCUCCACUCGCCCGCUUCUCUUUCACAUAUAUGGUUUAGGGCUCGGAGCUUGCACAUGUGCAAGGAACAUUGGAUUGAGGGGGCAAAAGAUUUGUAGAAAAUGCAUCAGCUUUGAGUGUUACUUCGUGAGGAGUCAGAAAGACUAGCACCGAAGUGACAAUAACUGAC